AUGUUGCACCAGUACACCAGAAUAUUCGGUCACCCUCGAUUAGUGAAGGCUCUAGCAAAGUUCUAUUCUAAAUUAAUAUGUAGCGUCAUUGAUGAAAAAAAUGAAGUUAUUACUACUAUAGGAGCAUAUGAAGAACUACAUGCUGCCAUUAUGGGUCAUACUGAUGUUGGUGACGAACACUUAUCAUAUAAGAUUCGAUUGAAAGAAGUGUUUUCGCUUCUCCAUUUCAAAAAAGUGGAAAUCAGUAGUGAAAGUGACGCCAAAUUGAUUCCAUAUGAGACUAGUGAAGCUGCUAAAAUGGCUACUUACAAAUUAUUGCCGCUAAAAUCAGGAGGGAGGUGCUCGGAGAAAGAUUGCAGCAAUAGUCCACCAGUUAUAGAAGUAGACGAAGAAGACAUCGAUGAAGAUGACUAA